AUGAAACUAAAUGAUACUGACUGCAAAGGUCAGUUUCAGGAAGGUAUCGUGCAUGGGCACAUACACAAUUUUAAUAAUAUGACAUAUAUCCAUGGUCACAUCCAUCAUAAUGCAUCGCAUCUUCCAAAUUCCGAUGGCCUUGGGACAGGAAUCACUUCAGAUGAUAAUCUUAAAACAAAUGAUAUAUAUAAUGAUAAUGUAAGAACUAACGAUAUGUCACUUGGCGAUGACUCUAUUGGGGACUCUACGUCACAUAUGGAAAUGAAUCCAGAAAAGGUCUUAGAGUCUGAUUUUAUGGAUUGUGAACAUUUUGAAUUCAUGGACACAAAUGGGACACUACCAGAUAAUUUUGCUAAUAAUUUUAACAAUUCGUUCCAUAUGGAUGGUAGUUCUGAAUACGGAUCGAAUUGGAAUAAAAAUGGCCUGUUAGAGACGCACAUUAAUGAUGGUAACAAUAACAAUGGAAGCAGUUACCGAAUGUCCAAGUCCAAGAGUAGAGACCAUAGAGUCUCUUUAAGUGACGAUAUGUUAAACUUACCACUAUCGAAAAAGAGAAGACUGAGCAGUUCUAGUGACAAAAACCAAGAUGGUUGCCCCUGUAAUCCAAAAAUGGUAGAGGUCUGUUGUAAUGUCGAUCAUGCAGAUAUGCCUAAAGAUUAUCCUGUCGUAGAAAACAUUUCAUUAAACUCUCAUCCCAAAUUAAUGAUACCGAAUGAUAAUGAGGUUGAGAAUUUACCAUAUUAUGGAGCCAGGUCAUCAUCCUCUCCACAUUCAAAAAUGUUAAAUCAGUAUAACACUAUUAACAAUGUAGCACCAAUAACAUCCUCCGGAAACAUUCCAAUUCGAAAGUCAAAUAAAAUAGGUGAAUUAAACAAUGAUUUUGCCAAACAAUUUUUAGAUUUAAACUGUGACCUAACUUGUGAGCCUAAUUGCUUAGAUAAAUAUAGCCAAGCUCAUCCCUCUAAUACUCAGGGUAGUAUGCAAGUUAAUAAUUCCAUUAAACAAGGGAAUGAAAAGAUAAAUAUAAAUAUAAAACGAGAAAGGAUCACUGCUCCAAUUUUGACAGAGGAUGGACCUAUGGAUACAUCACUCGAUGGGAAAGACGAUAUGUUAGAGACAUUUUUCAAAGCUUGUCAAAGAGUUGGUGAGUCUAAUGAAAAUGAUAAGUUGACUAAAUCGAAUACAGAUACAAUUAGUAUACCUCAAAUAAACCAUCAAUGCGGCAACAAUUCAAACCAAUAUCACAAACAUACAUCUAAUAGACAACUGGAUAUGCAAAUCAUUAGUGAUAUUUGUGCCAUUUCAUCUUUAUAUGAAAUGCCAUUAGCUGACCAUAUGAAUCAUCAUCACCAUAAACACAAUGAAGAACCCCUUGCAACGGGAGAACCAAUACCUAGAUCUGAGAGUUUCAAUUUAUUGGAAUCAGUGGUAAAUUGCAAACCAACAAGAGUGAUUUCAAAAAAUAAAUCUACAUCGGAUAGAUUAUCUCAGAUAGAUGAGAAACAAUCUGUCCAGCAGCAACAACAACAACAUCUCCAUCAUCAUCAUAAAAUUCAAUUUCAUGACCAUAAUACAAGUCCAAUUGAACCUUAUCAAAGUGAUAAAACUGUCAGCUGGGAACGUUUCAAAAAGGAUUACAAGGGGUCUACUAAUAAACUAGAACGUAGUAACCCAGCUGGAGGUAUCAACUCCUCAAAUGAUGAAACUUUAAUACUAUACCACAAUAACGAACAACGACCCAUUGAUCAAAUUAAACUGGAACCCUUAAAUACAAUUCAUUUCAAUUGGAAUUUCAAGACAAAUGAUCAAUUCUCGGAAACUAUAGAGUGUAAAUGGGCAGGCUGUCAUAAGAAUUAUAGUUCAUUGAUAGAAUUACAACGUCAUUUGUUCAAUGAUCAUAUUACUGAAUAUGAAUUACCUUUAAACCCUAGUACUGAUCCGACUAAAGAUCCUAUUGCUAAUUGUAAAUGGGAAAAUUGUGAUUUCAACUCCAAUGAUAUAUGUUCUUUUGUCAAUCAUAUCAACAGUAAACAUGGGAUCAAUUUUGAUAUGGAAUUUGUUGACUCUGGAUAUACGACUAUGGAUGAUAAAUAUAACGGUACGAAAACACCCCAUCAUAUGUAUCAUUGUAAGAACACAGAUUGUCAGACCACUACAAGUCCCGACUCCACAACGGCAAGAGAAAGUAUUACGAGUGUAGAUUAUUCAUUAUCUCCAAAUACAAGCUUUUCAAAUAAUACAGAUAUGAAACCCGUGAAGACAGAAAACACUACGGUUAUAGAUAUACCCAAGGAUUCAUCGAAUUAUCUGUCCAAAGAUAAGAUCAUUCAUUGCAAAUGGUUAGAUUGUACAGCCAUCUUUAAAAAUGAAGCAGAAUUAGAUCAUCACUUAGAGAGCUUCCAUAUUCCUAAGGGUCAAUCCAGUUAUCAAUGUCACUGGAGAGGUUGUGAUCGUACAUUACCGACAAGACAAAAGAUGGUUAGACAUAUUAGAAAACAUUCCGGUGACAAACCAUUUAAAUGUACAGAAUGUUCGAAAUGUUUUGCGACUAAAGAAAGUUUGAAGCAACAUGGGAGAACCCAUACUGGAGAAAGACCAUUUAAAUGCCCUUAUUGUGACAAAUCCUUUGCAACUUCAACAUUUGUCAAUAUACAUGUUCGUAUGCAUACUGGUGAGAAACCGUUAGAAUGUCCAUAUUGUCAUAAGCGGUUCAGUGAAUCAUCUAAUUUGAAUAAACAUAUAAAGACCCAUCUUAAGAAAUAUAAAGGCCAGGAUACCAAUAGGAGUCUUGCAACAGAAAAUAGUGUUGCAGUGCAAACGCAAAAUCUGUGA